AGUAAAACUUAGCUGCAGCCAUUUUAAGUCUGCAAGCCGUGUUGUCUCCAUAGGACCAAGGGAAGAUGUUUUAUUUUCAUGCUAUCAAAGUUAUUCCUCUUUACUUUUAAACAGGGAUGUUAGACUGCAAGAGCUAGCCUUUGGAGGCUCCCUUUCUCCUUCUCUAGAGGGAAGUUUUCCUGUAGUUAAUGGAUUAGUUUAUACCACAGGAGUUUCUUUUCUUGUGCUCAGAUAAGUGAGAUGAAUUAUGCUCAUCGGUAUGGACGAACUUCAGGGGUGUUCCCUCGACAGACACCGUAACCAGCAGAUACAAGACUAUGAUCGCUGCAAACCCAGACAACAGCUGGGGCAGGGGUUCUUUCCCGAUAGAUUCCGAAAUCAGCAGAUAGAAUUCCUGAGGGGACAACUCCUAGAAGUGCCCCUGAUCAGAGAACAGACAUCAACAUCUUUCCUGACCAGGGAGAGGCCAAGUUUUACAGGACUACCUGGUGGCGUGAGGCAGCCUGGGAACUGGAAUAUUGUAAGGCCACCUCUUAGCAAUCCCUCCCCCUGGAAAGGCUCACCUUCCCCAAGAGGCCGAGCCACAUCAAGGCAAGGUGUGACUCAGCUUGCCUUUAAUUUCCAACGGCUGUCUAUCAGUCAAGAUCAGGAGCAAAGGAUUCUGAAACUUUUAGGGGAACUUGGGGAAGGGCAGUCUGCUACAGUAUAUGAUCUUGUCAAGAAACUUGGGGUCCAAAAGAAGGAAGUAAAUCGAGUUUUGUACCAUCUACUGAAGCAAGGGAAGUUGCACAAGGAAGAAGGCACACCCCCUAACUGGAGUAUCCCAACCCCAUCCCAUGCUUGGAAACAAGCUAACCAGGUUGUGAGACAAGCUGUCCGAAAAGGUCCAAACAAAAGCCUCAAUUCAGACUUGAAAGACAAAAGUUUCAUCCCUGAAUCCGAUCCACUUAGUUUUGUCAACAUGGCUGAUAUCAAGGAGAAAAUCUGUGCCUACUUAUUUGAUGCUCCAGAUUCCUCCGCCCUGAACUUAGCCAAAAACAUUGGCCUUACUAAGGCCCGAGAUGUAAAUACCUUACUCUUUGACUUGGAAAGGCAGGGAGAUGUUCGAAGAGAAGGAUUCACUCUUCCCAAGUGGUCACUGACAGACAAAAAGCGAGAGAGGAUGCAACUUAAAAAAAAUGAAAAUAUCCCAGUAGACAUCCCUAUAUCCCAGACAGAUAUUGAGGUUGACCCAGGUAACUCAGAUGUCACCAACACACACACUACUAGGAAAGAAGAGGAGAGUGUUGAGAAUGGACAUCAGCCACCAUCAGGGCCAACAGAGGAUGGCAAUGUGGCCGUCCCAGGAUUGCUUGAGGAACCCCCAGUUCAAGACAAUGACCCCUCAGACAUGAAGGUUGAAAAUGGUCAGUGGGCCACAGAUGACAUCCCAGAUGAUUUAAAUAGCAUUAAGCAGGAAGAUGACCACACCAUAAUGGAUUUACCCAACUACAUGGCCCGUGUUGGUGCCUCCUCACAGUUCACAGCUAUCAAGAAACUAACAGCUUGCCGACAGAAGAAUCCAAUCAGUGGACUGUUAGAAUAUGCUCAGUUCACCUGCCAGACCUGUGAGUUCACGCUCUUGGAGCAGAGUGGCCCAUCGCAUGAACCCAGAUUUAAAUACCAGGCUGUGAUCAGUGGCCGACGGUUCCCUCCAGCAGAAGCUGGCAGCAAGAAGCUGGCCAGGCAAGAUGCUGCUGCAAAAGCCAUGACAGUCCUAUUUGAAGAGUCUGGAGCCCAGGAAGACGUAACCUCUUCAGCGCCACCGUCACCGCCUCAGCCUCAACCUCAGCCUCAAACUCAAACUCAGCCUCAGCCUCAGCCUCAACCUCAGCCUCAGCCUCAGCCUCAGCCUCAGCCUCAGCCUCAGCCUCAGCCUCAGCCUCAACCCAUGGAAGAAGAACCAGAGAAGCCUUCAGCUCCAGAGCCUGAUCUCAGUUCCAUCAGCCCCUCGAGUAUUCUUUUUGGGAAGAACCCCAUUAGUGUAUUGAUGGAACACGUGCAAAAAUCCGGGAGCAGCUGUGAAUUCCUUCUCAUAUCCCAGGAAGGCCCAGCUCAUGACCCCAAGUUUAAAUACUGCGUAAGGAUGGGGAGUCAGACGUUUCCAACCAUGAUGGCCAAUAGCAAGAAGGCAGCAAAGCAGAUGGCAGCUGAGGUGGCUGUGAAGGCUCUCUGUGGAAAUCCUACCCUGAACCCUUGGACCAGGCAGUCAAACAUGGAAUACUUUAGUGAUCCUACAUCCUUUGGUGGCCUAGGAGAGCCAGUACCCGGCAGGGCAAAGAAGAUUGGGGAUCUUAUCAAAUACCUGAAUGCCAACCCUAUCAGUGGCUUGUUUGAAUAUGCCCGGUCCAAUGGCUUUGCUGCAGAAUUCAAGUUGGUAGACCAGUCUGGACCUCCCCAUGAGCCCAAGUUCAUUUACCAAGCAAAAGUUGGGGGUCGCUGGUUCCCCGCUGUCAGCGCACACAGCAAGAAGCAGGGCAAGCAGGAGGCAGCCGAUGCAGCCCUGCGUGUCCUGAUUGGGGAGACAGAGAGGGCAAGGCGCACAGGGGGCAUGGGCAUUUCAGAGCUUCCUCUGACUGGUAGCACCCUCCAUGAUCAAGUGGCCAUGCUGAGCCACCAGUGCUUCAGCUCCCUCACUGCACCCAUCCAACAUAGCCUGCUUGGCCGAAAAAUCCUGGCUGCCAUCAUCAUGAAGAAAGGCGAUGACGACCUGGGCCUUGUGGUUAGCUUUGGGACAGGGAAUCGCUGUGUAAAGGGAGAAGAGUUGAGUCUAAAGGGAGAGACAGUCAAUGACUGCCAUGCCGAAAUCAUCUCCCGGAGGGGUUUUAUCAGGUUUCUCUACAAUGAGUUAAUGAAAUACAAUCCCAUGUCUUGGAAAGACAGUAUAUUCGAGGUUGCCCAUGGAAAUAAGUUACAAAUAAAAAGGAAUGUGACUUUCCACCUUUACAUCAGCACUGCCCCUUGUGGAGAUGGUGCCCUCUUCGACAAGACAUGCAGUGAUCCUCCAGAGAGUUUCAUGGACUCACAGCACCAGCCACUCUUUGAGAACCCUAAACAAGGCAAGCUGCGCACCAAGGUAGAAAAUGGAGAAGGUACAAUCCCAGUGGAGUCGAGUGAUAUCCUGCCAACAUGGGAUGGCAUUCAACAUGGAGAAAGACUGCGUACUAUGUCCUGCAGUGAUAAGAUUCUUCGUUGGAAUGUGCUUGGCCUGCAGGGGGCGAUGCUCUCCCACUUCUUGCAGCCUAUUUAUCUCAACUCAGUCACUCUUGGUUACUUGUACAGCCAGGGACACCUGACACGAGCGAUCUGCUGCCGUCUGUCCAAAGAGGAACGUGCAUUCCGAGAAGGGCUAAAGCCUCCAUACACUGUCAACCAUCCUAAGGUGGGCAGGGUCAGUGUAUAUGAUUCCACAAGGCAGACUGGGAAGACCAAGGAGUCCAGUGUUAACUGGUGUGUGGCUGACAGAACUGAAAUCGAGGUCCUGGACGGCACCAAAGGCAAAGUGGAUGGACCAAGACUCGAUGUAUCACGUCUCUCCAAGAGGAGCAUGUUCAGCCUGUUUCAGCAGCUAUGUGCCCAUCACAACCGAAAGGACCUACUGAGGCUUGUUUCCUAUAACGAAGCCAAGGAAGCUGCCCGGGACUACCAGGUGGCCAAGCACUACUUCAUAAAAGGUCUGAAGGACAUGGGCUUCGGCAGCUGGAUCAGCAAACCUCUGGAGGAAAAGAACUUUUCCCUCUGUGAUGCGUAGUGUGCUCAGCUGGUUGUUCAGGGGUAUUUCAGGGUUUGGGGUGGGAGGUGGGAGGUAGCACUCUUCAUUAUGUUGGUGUUUUGUUUUGUUUUUAAUGGACCCAGCAUUGCUAAUAUUUAGGGCUUUGGGUUCCCAUUUGUCCUGCCUCCUCUGAGGUUGUUGGGGAAGGGUAGGAUGGGCGAGGCCUUGUCACUACCUGUCUUCCCGGAGAAGAGGCAGAAAUCUGUUGGGGGAGAGAAGAGCUCUUCUAUCUCUAAUAAGCAAAAGCAAUCAUUGGGCAAAUGCAAGCCGUUCCCUCGAGCUUUUUCUUUGCUGCAUUCACUUCUUGAGGUCUUGAUUAGGUUCCGGGCAGCUCUUUGUGAUUCAGAGACUGAUAUAAUUUGCGGUUUAUCCCAGGUCCUUUGGUUUCUCCGCCUUCCCUUCUUUCCCUUUCCUUAAAUUGUCUGGCCACUCCACAUUUCCCCCUGAGGAGGGUGAACGCAGUGGUGAAUUUCAGGUAUUGGGCAAAAAUAUUUUCAAAGAGAAGAAAGGCUGAAGUGACACAGUCAGCAUGGUUAUCUGUGCCAGUAAAGGAAAGCAUUAGUAUAAUCAAAAUCUACAGCUAAUCUACCCAAAAAACCCAGUAGUCACGUAUCCUUCUACCCAGUUGAGAGUGGGUGGAUGUGGAAAGCAUAAUACUGACUCGUAGCAAUGAUGGGAGGGAAGGAGGAGAGGAGGAAAGAAACUCUUCCAGGGCUACGUGUUUAGUUCCCCGGUGCAGUAGGGGCAAGAACACUACUGGAGGGAGAUGGAGCCCCCAAAUCCCAGCUAUUUUUAAGCCCCAUUGCUGAUAGUUGCUUUCCAUAGUAAUUUCCCUACUAAAGGUAAGAGGGCCUUUACCCCAAAACAGCUGAGUGGGACAGUUCCUGGGUCAGAUCCCAAAGGUGUUGUAUAACCUCCUCAGCCUAAAUCAUCAAUCAGUGGGGAACAAAAAAAAGAGCAUGACAGUUGCCAUGCUGGGGGGUCAGACCAGCUUCAAGUCAAUCAAGUACUAGAUCUCUUGCCAGCCAUGCCAAGGAACAUUGACUUGUGUUGGCAAAAAUAGGGGGUUUAAAAAUACAUGUUAUUAAUUUUUCAUUCCCACAGGUAACCAAGAGUUGUCAUUCAAGUUUAAAAUUAGCACCUUAAUCCUUCAAUUAUAUUAGAAGUAUUUCCAUGUGGUUUUGAUCAUUGAUAGAGAUGAUUCUUGACCAGUACAUAGGCCUAUAGGAUGGUUUGUUUCCCCUGCUUGUUGGGGAGAAAGUGGACUUUGUAGGCAAAAAGCAAGGUUUCCUGAAAUUGCUGACUUAACGCUGAGUUAGAUGCUCAGGCCCAGUGUCUCCUUGACCCAAGAUAUUCUUGUCUCCACCUUCAUCACCAGCGCUCAAGCUGGGGUAAAGAUUAGGCAGAUAUCUCAGGGAGAAUAGCAAAAACAUUUCACCCUUAACAUCUGUCUUUUCUCUAGCUCUCCCUAGAAUGGUACUGAUACAGUUAUACCUGUUAUCUUGCCAAGACAUACUCCUUCCCAUCCUCCAAGCAAUCCACUGGUCCAAUCAUCUAUUCAUACCUGCACACCUCCAAAUAUAUAAACCCAAGCAUAAACAUGCACACAUUCAUUUUUAUAUCUACAUAUAUAUGUAUCUGUGUACCCACACUUGCUAUGUAGCAGUCCAUCCUCUUAAUCAGAAAUUAUCUAAGGGGAGUGAGGAAAGCCAGGAUGUCAUGACAUGGUAAGAGUGUCUCUGCAGCAUACCAUAAUGUCCCAAGGAGCAUGUUGAAAAAUAGUGCCCUUCUUAGUAAAGAAGGGCAAAGGCCCUUGUCCCCUGUCUCCAGUGUACUUUUCAUCCCUUUCAAUCAUAGGUUGGAUGAAGCUGGUAAUAUUGUGGUACCUGCCCCAGCAGGCAGUGAGAUCUUGUGACUACUGUAGUUAGGAAUCUCCUAGACAGAAGUUCUUUUAUCCCGGGUCCCCAGAUUAGGAGCAUUAUCAUCUCUUUCUUCCUCCUUCAUUACUCGUUGAUAGAAUUGGAGUGUUUGACAACCCCCACCACAGUCUGCUUUGGUUGGAAGUUAGAAACCUCCAGCAAAACAUACUUUGUUGGCUCUGGCCCACACCAUGUAGAAUGGUGAACAUUAUUUUUAUGAGAAGGCUGCAAUGUAUCAAACAUAGCUCCAUCCCUCAUUAAUGAUUCUGUUUGUGUUCUAGGAACAUUGAGCAAGGGAAUGUGUGUUUGAGACCGAUAAUUCUGCCCCACUCUCUCCUUCCUACUCCGUUUAGACACACACCUCCCCUCCUUUGUCUGCUGCUGAGCAGUGGAGAAGGGGAAGGUGGAAUUUCCCAGGGAUGGAUCUGAUACCAUUUUAUGAGAUUUCUUCUUGGAUCUUUAGCCCCUUUAUCACAAUCCUCCUCAACCUUCCUUCCAAAAGGGGGAAAAAUGCAAUGGUUGGUAAGCCUGAACAGUUGCAAUUGUAUAUCCCUUAGAGAAAUCACUUAGCAUAAAUUAUCUCCACCUGAACCAAUUUCCCUUUUGAACCUGAAGGGACUUAGUUUGCCGUUUGGGGGGCUUUUGGCAAUAGCUUUUGAGAGCAGAACAGAGAAGCAAAUGUAAAUGUGAGAAAACUGACCACAAUAUACUUGCUUUAUAAUUCUGCCUUUAACUAUCCCUAGAUAUCAGUGAUUGAAGAUAUACAUUCCUCAUAAGAAAUAAAAGAAACUUUCUGUAUUGUUAGACAGCCUUAGUUCUGCAACUCAUUUGGUGAGUCAAAAGUUCAGAGGGGGAACCCUAAGACCUGGGAUUUUUUUUUAAGUGCUGAGGAGCUGAUUGCAAACCUGUUCUGAAGAGAAAGCCAAUGCAUCUGUUUGACGGAAGAAGGAAGCAUUUCAAAGGGGGCUGCCUGGAACAAAGGGAAGCUACUUCAGCAGCCCCCCAGAAGGGGCUGUAUUUGCCAUUAGAAAUGUCCCAGACGGCUCAUCUGCUCCAGCCCCAACCCCAGCUUGCUCUGUCAGUCUCCUCCCAUUUGCAUCACUUCUUCCAUAGGGCCUUGGUCUACUUUAUUUUCGUCGUCAGAGCAUAUUGUACACCUAGCCUCAGCUUUGACUGCUUGUUUUAAUGGAAGUGGACUUUGGCCAUUUGCUUUUUAAUACAUUGAUAGUACCGUGAA